AUGGACGCGCCUGAGGCUUCUAUCAUUUGGAAGACCAUCAUCUUCACCAUCGUCACGGUCAUCAUGUCGGCUAUUGUUCCCAUCGACCUUACCGCAUUUGCGACGGAUGCGAGCUACUUGAACAGCUUCGUGCCCACCAAUGUGUCGAAUCCCACGGUCAUCAAUCUAUUGGCGUAUAACAAUGACUUUUACAACGUCCUGGGCCACAAUGCCACAGCACGUCAACUCUACAACCUCGACUGGCAAGCCUUCCACGAAGCCGGGAUUUACAACAAGGAAACAAACAAACUAUACAUCACCAGCAACUGGGCGGGUUCGUUGGAAAACCCAAUUAAUGUGACAAUCUUGGACCUCGACCCAGCAGCAAACUAUUCUUACACCACAACUCGUUAUUCCGCCCUCGCUGAACCAAAUGGUGGCACUUCCUACUUCCCCCCGGGAACAUCUUCCAACUCUUCCACGCCCCCACGACACUUGUACGCCGACGAAGGCGACUUCACUCAGCCCUCGGCUCUCGUGUCUGUCGACCCCGUGACCGGUGCCUCCCAGAAAAUCCUGACAAACUAUCUCGGCCGCAACUUCAGCAGCAUAAACGACGUGCGCCAGCAUGCUGAGACGGGCGACAUUUGGUUCACGGACGCUGACUAUGGAUACCUCCAAUUUUUCCGCCCAGUGCCUACAAUCCCAAAGCAAGUGUAUCGAUUCACCCCGAGCACUGGUGAAAUUAGUGUUGUUGCCGACGGCUUCGUCCAGAGCAAUGGACUUGAAUUCAGCCCGGAUCAUAAAAUACUCUAUGUGUCUGACACCGGCGCGGCUGGCGGCCCUCUUCUUGGCACGAACCUCACGCGCCCAGCGACCAUCUAUGCCUACGAUGUCGUGGCGCAGAAAUCACUCGCCAAUCGACGUGUUUUUGCUUAUGCCGAUAAUGGCUAUCCGGAUGGCAUGCACGCCGACACCGAGGGCAAUUUGUGGGCUGGUUGCGGCGAUGGUGUUCAUGUGUGGAACAGCAAUGGCACUCUUCUGGGGAAAAUAUGGAACGGGGUCGAGACGAACAACUUCGCAUUCUUGCCUGGCAAAGUAUUGGUGUUUAGUAAUGCACAAUUGUGGGUUGUGGAUAACCUCAAGGCGGUGGGGAGGGAGGUCUGUAAGGAUUUUGGUGUUUGCUAG